UAUCAUUUCUGAUUGAGCAAAUCCAUAAUAUUAUAAACAUGAAUGGUAUAAUACCUGAAAUGGAACAAAUCAUCAGUCAACUUGAAAGAGGAACUGUAGUAACAAAAUUUUUUUCAAGGAAAAGACCAGAAAAAAAAACUCUUAUGAUAAGAAGAGAAACUAGACAAAUUGUAUGGUCAAGGAGUGCAACAUUCAGACCUUUUGAUGGUUCAGUUGAAAUAAGAGAAAUCAAAGAAAUUAAGAUAGGAAAACAUUCUAAAGAUUUUGAAAAAUGGCCAGAAGAUGCAAAAAGAAUAGAAAAUCUUAGAUGUUUUGUUGUAUAUUAUGGUUCUGAAUUUCGUCUUAAAACUCUUUCAAUUUCUGCUCUUAGUGAAAAAGAAUGUGAACUUUGGGUAAAAGGAUUACGUCGCUUGGUUCAAGAUACUAUAAAAGCUCCUUAUCCUUUACAAGUGGAAAGAUGGCUAAGAAAAGAAUUUUAUGCAAUGGAAAAUUCAAGAGAAACAGUUACUUUAAAAGAUAUAAAAGCAUUUUUACCCAGAGUUAAUUGUAAGAUAGCAACAAAUAAACUCAGAGAACUUUUUCAAGAAAUAGAUACAAGGAAUAGAAAUGAACUUGGUUUUGAUGAUUUUGUUAUACUUUAUCAUAAAUUUAUCUUUGAUCAAAAUAAUCUUACAGAUUGGAGUAAAUUACUUAAUUAUUCUAAAACGGGACAGAUUGUGACUGUUCAAGAAUUCCAAAAUUUUUUAAUAACUGAACAACAAGAUCCUUUAGGAAAUAAUGAAGUUGAAGUGUCAUGUUUUAUUAGAGAUUAUUUACAAGAUCCUCAAAGAGAUGUACAAGAACCGCAUUUUACGUUUUCGGAAUUUAUUGAUUUUUUAUUUUCAAAACAAAAUUCUGUUUGGGAUUCAAAAUACUCACGAAUCUAUCAAGAUAUGACCAAAUCUCUUGCGAAUUAUUGGAUAGCAUCAUCACAUAAUACAUAUUUAAUGGGAGAUCAAAUUAGCAGUGAAAGUAGUUGCCAAGCUUAUGUUCGUGCAUUAAGAACUGGAUGUAGAUGUAUAGAACUUGAUUGUUGGGAUGGGCCAGAUGGAAUGCCCUUUAUUUUUCAUGGACAUACAUUAACUACAAAAAUUAAAUUUUUGGAUGUUAUAAAAACCAUUAAAGAACAUGCUUUUGCUACUUCUGAUUAUCCUGUUAUUUUAUCUAUUGAAGAUAAUUGUACUUUACCUCAACAACGUAAAAUGGCAAUUACAAUGCAAGAUAUAUUUGGCGAUAUGUUAUUAGUUCAAUCUAUAGAUAAAAAUGAAACUUGUUUACCAUCACCAUAUGCACUGAGAAGAAAAAUUAUAUUGAAACACAAAAAAUUACCUGAUGGCGUUGACGAAACAUCAUUUCUUAUUCGAAAUGAUGAAAGUAGACAAGAAAUGGAUCUUAGAAAUACAGUUAAAAAUGGCAUUCUAUAUCUUGAAGAUCCUGUUGAUAGAGAAUGGAAUCCACAUUUUUUUGUAUUAACGCAACAAAAAUUAUUUUAUACAGAUACAUUUUCUAGAACCCAAGAAAACGAACAUGAUGAUGAUGAAGAAACUGUAAUUCGGCGACCAACUGAUGGAGUACCAAAUGAUGAAUUACAUUUUGGAGAAAAAUGGUUUCAUGGUAAAUUAGCAAGAGGAAGAGAAGAAGCAGAAGAAUUAUUACGACGUUAUUCACAUCUUAGCGAUGGAACAUUUUUAGUUCGACAAUGCGUUACAUUUGUGGGUGAUUAUUGUCUUUCUUUUUGGCGCAAAGGCAAAGUAAAUCAUUGUCGUAUUAAACUCAAACAAGAAAUGGGACAAACACAAUAUUAUCUUAUUGAUACAAAUUGUUUUGAUAGUUUAUAUAGUUUAAUUACAUAUUACCGCAGUCAUCCAUUAAGAAGUCAAGAAUUUUUAAUCACACUUCAAGAACCAGUUCCGCAACCAAAUAAACAUGAAGAGAAAGAAUGGUGGCAUGCAGAAUGUACUCGAACUUUAGCUGAAGAAAUGUUAAAACGAAUUCCUACAGAUGGUGCAUUUUUAGUAAGACCGAGUGAAAAAGAAAAUAAUUCUUAUGCUAUAUCCUUUAGAGCAGAAAAUAAAAUUAAGCAUUGCAGAAUUAAAUUAGAAGGGCGUCUGUAUACUAUUGGUACUGUGCAAUUUGAAAGUUUGGUUGAAUUAGUUAAUUAUUAUGAAAGACAUCCAUUAUAUAAAAAAAUCAAAUUAAGUCAUCCUGUAAAUGAAGAUGUUAUUAGAAAAAUAGAACUGGAUAUAGAUGAUGGAUCUGUUUAUGGUAUUCCUGGUUAUAUGGAUCCUACUAGUUUUACUUCGAAAGUAACUGUAAAAGCUAUAUAUGAUUAUAAAGCAAGAAGGGAUGAUGAAUUAACGUUAGUAAAACAUGCUAUAAUAACAAACGUACAUCGACAAAGUGGUGGUUGGUGGCGAGGAGAUUAUGGUGGUAAAAAGCAACAUUGGUUUCCUGCUAGUUAUGUAGAAGAAAUAAAACCGCAAGAUAAUCAAGGAGAUUCAGCAGAUUCUAUGAUGUUUGGUAGUCUACAGAAAGGUUCAUUAGAUAUUAUGGGUGCUGUUGUUGAAUUAAGAGUAGGAGGAAGACCUGAUUUAAAAUGGAUAUUAAGAAUACAAAAUCCUAGUAUGUGCUCAGUAUUUGAAGUAGCAACUUCUUCAGAAGAUACAGCAUUAGAAUGGAUGUCCAGUAUUAAAGAAACUGCUCAAAAUGCCAGUGUCAGAGAGAAUCAACAUAAAGAAAUGGAACGUGCAUGGAGAAUUGCUAAAGAAAUGUCUAAUCUAAUAGUUUACUGCAGAUCUGUUGCAUUCAAUUUAGACAGAAUAAAAACAAAAGGUUUUACAUUUAAUGAAAUGAGUAGCUUUCCUGAAACUAAAGCUGAAAAACUUAUGUGUCAACAAGAAAACAAAUUUUUUAUAAAAUAUCAUCAGAUUCAAUUUAGUAGAGUAUAUCCUAAAGGACAACGAAUUGAUUCAUCAAAUUAUAAUCCUGUACCAAUGUGGAAUGCUGGUUGUCAGAUGGUAGCAUUGAAUUAUCAAACUGGUGAUAAAUCAAUGCAACUUAAUCAAGCCAAAUUUAAAGAAAAUGGCAAUUGUGGUUACAUCUUAAAACCUGAAUUUAUGUUUAGAGAUGAUUUUAAUCCAUAUGAUAAGAAUUGUUUAUAUGGAGUAGAAUCACUUAAGUUUUUUUUAAAAGUUAUUGGUGCAAGGCAUUUAAUUCGAUCAGGAAGAGGUAUAGCUAGUCCUUUUGUUGAAAUUGAAAUUAUAGGAGCGGAUUUUGAUUCUGGUACAAAAUUAACAACAAGAACAAUACCUGAUAAUGGAUUCAAUCCUAUGUGGAAUGAAUCCUGUGAAUUUGAAGUUUUUAAUCCAUAUUUCGCAUUCAUACGAUUUGUUGUGCAAGAUGAAGAUAUGUUUGGUGAUAGUAAUUUUAUUGGACAAGCCACUUAUCCUGUGCGAUGUCUACGAUCUGGAUAUAGAAGUGUUCCAUUACAAAAUAAUUAUAGUGAAGACCUUGAACUCGCAUCAUUAUUAAUCCAUCUUCGAAUUAUAUCUUCAGUACAUUCUCAUAAUUUGUAAAAUAAUACAAAAUUACAAGUUUUGAAGUCUAUUUGAAGAUGCACAUUAAAAAUGAGAUAGAUUAUCACUUAAUAUGAAUAUUAUUAAAAAAAAAUGAUAUAUUUUAAUCAAA